AUGAAAUCGAUUCCCGGAAAUUUCUUCCCAAUUUUCUGUACCUUUCUACUAGCUGUGUCGACUGUUGUAAGCCAAUCUUCGAGCUCACAAGAAGCCGACUCGUUGACGCCGAGUGAACGAUGUGAGGCGUGUCAAAUCGUUUUGAAAACCGUUUACGGGCAUUUCUUUAAACAGGUGUCAAGCCGUAGAAAAUUGGCUCAUCAAUUGAGACAUGAGUGUAAUCGACAUUAUCAGUAUCGUCGUCGAUGCCUUUUAUUUACGCGGACAAAUACUUUGGAGAUUAUUUUUCAUGAAAUGGGCGCCACCGAGUUCAAACCGAUCAAUCCGUGCACAGUACUCAAGGAAUGCAAAAGUCUUCACUCACCAAUCAUUGAGACAUCUGAAGAAAGAACAAAUGGAAUGGAUGAGACAACGACAAGUUUCAACGAUAACACUUCAACAAGCACAGAUGAAACAAUAACUGUAGUUGAG